CUUUGCCUCUUCUUCCUAUUUCAACAUAAUAGCAGAAAGGCAAUCUAUCUAUGGAGAAAAAGAGCAUGUUCAUUGAACAAAGCUUCACCGAUCACAAGAGUGGCGAUAUGAACAAAAACUUUGACGAUGAUGGACGCCAGAAAAGAACAGGGACUUGGAUGACGGGGAGCGCCCAUAUAAUAACAGCGGUGAUAGGGUCAGGAGUGUUGUCACUGGCGUGGGCAAUUGCACAGCUCGGAUGGGUGGCAGGACCCGCCGUACUUAUGGCUUUUUCCUUCAUAACAUACUUUACAUCAACCAUGCUUGCCGACUGUUAUCGUUCCCCAGAUCCUGUCACCGGAAAACGAAACUAUACCUACAUGGAAGUUGUCCGCUCUUACUUAGGAGGAAGAAAAGUGAUGUUAUGUGGAUUGGCUCAAUACGGGAAUCUGAUUGGAAUAACAAUCGGCUACACAAUCACAGCGUCGAUUAGCAUGGUGGCAGUGAAGAGGUCGAAUUGUUUCCACAAGAAUGGACAUAAUGUGAAAUGUUCCACUUCAAACACUCCCUUCAUGAUCAUAUUCGCAUGCAUCCAAAUUGUACUUAGCCAAAUCCCAAAUUUCCACAAUCUCUCUUGGCUCUCCAUUCUAGCGGCCGUAAUGUCCUUUUCUUACGCCUCCAUUGGUGUCGGUCUCUCCAUCGCCAAAGUGGCCGGUGGCGGUGUGCACGCAAGGACGGCCCUGACAGGAGUUACGGUCGGAGUUGAUGUUACUGGUUCUGAUAAAGUAUGGAGAACAUUCCAAGCGGUUGGAGAUAUCGCAUUUGCUUAUGCCUACUCAACCGUACUUAUUGAGAUACAGGACACCUUAAAAGCAAGUCCACCAUCAGAAAACAAAGCCAUGAAAAGAGCAAGCCUUGUGGGUGUAUCCACAACGACCUUCUUUUACAUGUUAUGCGGGUGUGUGGGUUAUGCUGCCUUUGGCAAUAAUGCGCCUGGAAAUUUCCUAACCGGUUUUGGUUUUUAUGAGCCCUUCUGGCUAAUCGACUUUGCGAAUGUCUGCAUCGCUGUGCAUCUAGUUGGGGCCUAUCAGGUCUUUUGCCAGCCAAUCUUCCAAUUUGUAGAGAGCCAGAGUGCAAAACGUUGGCCAGAUAACAAGUUUAUUACAGGAGAGUACAAAAUGAACGUCCCUUGCGGUGGUGAUUUUGGUAUCAGCUUGUUUAGAUUGGUUUGGAGGACUUCAUAUGUUGUAGUUACGGCUGUUGUAGCAAUGAUCUUCCCUUUCUUCAACGAUUUCUUGGGUCUUAUUGGAGCAGCUUCCUUUUGGCCUUUGACUGUUUACUUUCCCAUUGAGAUGCAUAUUGCUCAGAAAAAGAUGAAGAAAUUUUCUUUCACUUGGACAUGGCUGAAAAUCUUGAGCUGGGCUUGUUUCCUCGUCUCCCUCGUUGCUGCUGCUGGAUCCGUGCAAGGACUCAUACAAAGUCUUAAGGAUUUCAAGCCUUUCCAGGCUCCCGAGUAGAACUGUGUUUUGUCUAAUUUCUUCAAGAACACAACUCCCUUGCACUCUCUUUUCUCCAAUAAUAGUGUAUGUUCGUUUGUAAUAUAUUUGUGUUCUUGUUUCAUUACGAAAUGUUGAACCUAUAUUUGCUGUCUGAAACAAAUCUAUCAUCAAUAAGUCCCUCUUUCUUUUCUUUGUCCUUGG